AUGAAUGAAAAUGUUAUACUUAAUGAAUAUAGAAGGGAAUCAUUAAGUUCAACUAAUUAAACUGUGGAUACACCAACAUAUGAAGAAAUGGAUUGGGAUACAUUUCAAUAAUUACUAAUAUCAGAUAGAGUUGAAGUAAAGAGGAAGAAAAUAAUAAUAAAUAGGGAAGUAGUAAUUUCAUAAGUGUUGAAAUUAAGUGGAAUUGAUUCUGUGAUUCAAUUUAAGGGUGGAUGUAUGGUAUUUGAAGGGAUAACGAUAGAUUCUAUUUUUGAUGAAGAAUGUAGUAUUUAAGGAUUUCAAAUAGAAGUUUAGUAAAUAACUCCAUGCAUUAAAGUGCAUUGUAGAAACUUAAUGAUUAUGGCAUGUAGUGUUGAGAACUUCUAAAAUAGAGGGAUGUUUAUUCAAUUUGAUAACUCCUUAAUCAUUAAUGACACUAAAUUAAAUGGAUUUUAGGUAUUAAUUGGUUGUGAAGGUAAUGCAACAAAAUUAAGUAUUAAUCAUUCAAUAAUAAUACAAAAUGAUUGUUAAUAAUAAUAAUCAAUUUUGAUUCAUGCAAAUAACCUUGGAGAAUUUGCUAUGGAGAUAAUAAAUUCAAUUAUAGAAGGUAGUUCAGUCAUCAUAACAAAUAGUAAGAAUGUAGAAAUUAGAAUUAUAGAUAAUGAAUUUAAAAAUUAAUAAACUUCUAUUUCUCUUGAUAAUAUCUAGAAUAAAUCAAUAUUAAUAGAAAAGAAUGUUUUUUUUAGAUCUAUGGAUUAUGCAAUUAAAAUGAAUAAUAUUGUAGUUGACAAAUUAUAAUUAUUUAAAAAUACUAUCACAAAAUGUAGAAUUGGAAUAUUUCUAUAGAAUGUGGUUGAAGUCUGUUAAUUAGUUAAACAAAUUAAACCAAUCUCUCUUAAAUAGAAUAUUAUGUCUAGUAUGGAAUAAACUGCAUUAAUGAUAAGAGAAGUAGUAUGUAUGGAAAUAGAUGAAAUCAAUAUCUAAGACAAUACAAUAGGAAUGGAUAUUGAUAUCAGUACUACCAAAAUAGCAGAUUAAAAUACUAUCAAUCCUUUUAUUAUUACUAUUAUAAAUUCUACUAUUAGUUCUAAUCGAAUACAUGGUAUUUUCCUUAAUAGUAAUUUAUCAUAUUAUCCAAUUAAUCUCCAGAUUUCUAAAAGUGCAUUCUAUUCUAAUUGCAAUGCCUUGAAUCUUUCACAUUAAGGAGAAUUAAAUGAUAAAAGUAAGUCUGAAAAUAUUAAAUAGGAUUCAAGGUCAAUAUUAAUAGUUGCCAAUUCCAAGAUAAUCACUUUUCUAAUUCUAAUUAAAAUUAUGAACUCAAUAUCACCAAUACUAACAUUGUAGUAAUAAAAUCUAAUAAUUUGAUAGCAUAAUAAACAACUCCUAAUUAAAUCAAGGUCAAAAGCCUGUCAAAUCAUGUGA